GAUCCCUUACUUUAGAGUAAUUACUUUAUGGUUGCACAUUUUUUAUACCUCCAACGUUGCGGCCCUUGACGUUUUAAUGCGUUCCUGAUUUCAAGAUUUGACUGAGUCAAUAUAAGCGAGGACUGGGUUGACGAUCCGUCUUCAGAGUUUCAUCCUGUUGAAGGUGGCACUAGGUUUACUGGACCAACUUACGGUAAUAAGUCGAAGGAUACUGAUGUUUCCAAUACAAGGAACGCCAGUACUACACGAUCAGGAAAAUCACACCAAACUUCAGAUGACAAAUGGGGAAGUGGUGACAAUAAUAAUAAUAAUGGAAAUAGAGGAAAUGUUGAAAGUAAUAGUAGCGGUAGAGACUUUAGAGAUGUCAAAUGGGAAAGUGGCGAUAAUAAUUAUGAUAAUAAAGGAUAUAGAUGAAAUGUUGAAUGGGGUACGAGUGUCAAAAACAGAAGAGUUGGAAGAGGACGAGGAUUUAGUCGAGAUGUUGACAGUCAUCACAAACCUAACAACAUUAACAAUAGAUGGGGAGAAAAUCACCAAGAAGGCGCAAUAGGCGAUAGAGGAGAUAACAAGUGGGAAACUGGCGACGGCAAUAAUGGAAACAAGGAAAACAUUGAAUGGGGAAACAGUGGCAAUGGCAGAGGAAACCGAAGAGGCCGUAGUUAUAGUCGAGGUGGUGGCAACAGAUUUAAUAAUGAUGAAACGUGGGUUGAAAAUGGCGAGGAAGGCUCAAAAGGCAGAAGAGGAGAUGACAUGUGGUAAAAUGGCGACAAUAAUAAUAAAGGAAAUAGAGGAAAUGUUGAAAGGAAUGGCAGCGGUACAGACAGAAGAGGAAGAGGACGAUGUUUUGGUCGAGAUGUUGACAGUCGCCACAAAUUUAAUAACAGUAACAAAGGAUGGGGAGAAAAUGACCAAGAAGGCGAAAGAGGCGAAAGAGAAGAUGACAACUGGGAAAGUGGAGACAACUAUAAGAGAAAUAGGGAUACCACUGAAUACCGAAGGGGCCGUGGUUAUAGUCGAGGCGGUGGCAACAGAUUUAAUAAUGAUGAAACGUGCGUUGAAAAUGACGAGGAAUGCGCAGGAGGCAGUACAGGAGAUAAAAUAG